CUUGUGUGGAGAAGCGCAAGCCUACAUACCGUCACUACCAAGCAAUUCUCCAAACUACCACCGCCGCCUUGGCAUCCAUGAUUGCCCUUUUCCAGAAUUUCGAACCAACGAACCAUAACAAGGAUCUUGCGAAUUCCACUAACGAACAGGACGGUUUCGUCCGCCUUCGCUCCUAUCUUCGGAACCUGCAGAUAAACCGACAGGAAGUACUGCUCUUGACAUCAUUCGGCAUUACGUGCUUGGCAUUUAGCCAUUCUGUUGCCCGACAUGUCUGCUCGCGUCGGAGAAGAGGCCGAUUCGACGCCUCGUAGCCAAGACCCGGUGUCGCAAGAGGGCGCUAACGGGGUCAAUGAUGAGAAAAAUGUUCGACAGGUCUCCGACGACCAUCCAACCCCUGAAGACGGAGCUCAUCCGCGUCCUGACGCCGAUAAUGAGAAGCCAGACGGUCCUUUUCCUCGUAGCAGCACACUCAAGCACAAAUUUAAGGAGCAAAAGGAGAAGAUCAAGACUAAAACUAAGCCUCCCGGUGGCUUUGAUCCUACCCCGAUCCCUGAUGCUCCCCCGGGUUAUACCGUGAAGUUUACAUUUCAUCGCGCCGAGAAUCUUCCUGCUGCCGACCUUAGUACAGGGUCGUCGGAUCCCUUUCUAACUGCCACCUUAACAACUUCACUACCCAAGAGACAUAAGGAAGACCCGGACCUCGUCUACCGGACGCGCACGGUUAGGAAGACACUUGAACCUCAAUGGGAACAGGAAUGGAUUGUAGCCAAUAUCCCAUCAUCUGGAUUCAAGUUGAAAUGCCGUUUAUACGACGAGGACUGGCCGGACCACAACGAUAGACUAGGCAACGUAACAAUUCUAGUCAAUCGCGUCAGUGAGGAUUGGGAGGGCUUUGGACUCGAACCCAAAGAAUUUGAGGUCAAGAAGCGCAGCGGUAGCAAGCGUGCCUACAUUCUUAAGGCCUGCAUGAGCGCAUUCGCUAAAGAUGUCUCAUUGACUCCGAGGCUAUAUAUAAGUGCUGUUGUUUUGGGCAAGUCGGAUCCGCCUUACGGCCAGAUAUACACCGUCGGCCCAACCUAUUACUUCAAACACUUCUCACCCAUGAUAGGCCGAAUGAUGGGCAUAAAAGUGAAUAAAGACGAGACUAGCGACUCACAUGAAUCUGAUGCGAAUGCGGCGACAUCUGUGUCUCAGGAAAAUAGCAAGGAGGCGGAAAGGAGGGCUCAAAAGUACGACUUCCAGGCCAACGAAAUCCAGCUUGCCGGUCCGGUCCCGGAAAAACUAUACCAUAGAUAUGUCGAAUUUACGCCCAUCAUUGGCCUCUUGUUUAGGAGUAGGGGGCUACGCGGUAAGAUUUUGAACAAGGCUCUUCACCACCAGCACCACCGCAUAUACAAUUUCGAUAGGGGUACGCUAUUUGGUACUUUCGAGCCGUGCUCAGAGGAAGCUAGCCUUCAAUUCCUGAAGAUGGCACACUACGACGAAGGUGGGCGGAUAUUCACGUAUGUCAUUACACUAGAUGGAAUCAUGAGGUUCACAGAAACUGGAAAGGAAUUUAGUAUCGACCUUCUCAGUAAACACACCAUGCAUAGUGACGCCGCCAUAUAUAUCGCUUGCUCCGGAGAGUUCUUUAUCCGUAGGCUGAAAAAACCUAGGGUAACCGAGGAUCCUGAACCUGGCGAGUCUACUCACCCGGAGGAGCUCAUACAGGGCGGACCACCCAAAGAGCCUCCACCGAUUAGGCCCGAGUAUUACCAGUUGAUCAUUGACAACGAUAGCGGUACUUAUCGACCUGAUAAGUCGGUGCUGCCAGAUCUAAAGAAGCUGCUAGAACGUAACUUCCCCGGUUUAGAUAUCGUGGCACUAGCGUGCGAUGAUCCGGAAGACCAGAAAUUGAAGGCGGCUCAGGCCAAGGUGAAGAAGAGGGAAGGCCGCACGAUUAAUAUGGUGCUAAACCGUAGCCCUAGCGCGAGCUCGUUCAGCUCCGAUGACAUCAGCGACCUUGAGGAUAUGGAACGAUCUGGAGAAAUAGGACGUAGGAGUAAAAGGGAGAGAGCGUGGGACCUGCUUGAGGAGCCGAGGCGGAUCAAGGAGUUGGCAGGUAAAAAGCACGCAGAUGCGGUAUCAAGUGGACCGAGCGGCAGUGGUGCGGCCACUUAACGAGUCGACCUCUUUUUUUUUGUAUCCCAACUUUUCUUGAAUUUGUUCCCUUUCGAUUUUCCGUGGGGGAAUCGGCAACCGGCCGCUUGGCAUUUCGAGUACGAUGGACGGCUGAUCUGGCUCUAGUCACUAAAAAAGUCUGACUGGUCACUUUUUAUGACGAUCUUCUGUACGAAUUUUGAUUCCCCAGUUAUUUUCUCUCAUCAGAUGGAACGCGUCUCAUGAUGUGGGCGUAUUAACACCUAUGAUGCUUUGUGAAUAAUGAACCAAUGAAAAUUUCCUCUGUUUACCUACAUAGCUCCCCACUUGGUCAGGGGACAACAGACAUCUACUACAUACAUAGGCUCUAGCAACAUUCGAGACCGCAACAUUGAACUAGCAAUGUGCCGCGUCGUUCCACCACGUGUCGGAUACUAUUUACGUGGUUCCAGACGGUGCGUAGCCGAGUCGUCAGCGAUGAAAUGCCCCUAUAAGACGGAUUUUCCAUGUUACGCGUCAAUAAUAGGUUAAAUAACGCUAUGUUCUAAAAUCCAUCCGCCUGAAGUUCUACAU